AUGAGAGAAGUUAAUUUCAGCAUCCCAAAUGUCAACAAGGCAUCGGUGGGCAUCACCACCGCCUUGUAUGACCGACGAGCUCUCGAUUGCACAUCGACCCUCCCGCUUAUCAAUUCGCUCAACCACCUCGCUUACCUCACCACCUCCUCCGCCCGCAUAAGGGAUAUCCUAACCGUCGAUGGAGGUGUCGAACGAUUGGUAUGCCUUCUCAAGGCGGGCAGAAGCAAGGAUAUGAUGGACAUUUGGAAAUGGAAUUUGGCCUUCCAAUGCGUUGUCAAUAUCGGGGUCAGAGGGUCCGAGAACGUCCGCACCAGAGUCGUAGAGGCAGAUAUGGUCCCAGUGAUUGCAACAAUACUCGAUAAUUACAUCAAGGUCGUAGAUAGAUGCCGCGAGAAAGCGGAGGAGGCGAAAAGCAAGGCACUUCAGGAAUCGCGUGCUAGCGGCUCCCGAGGCGAGCAGAGAAGCUCUCACAAAGGCGCCUCGUUCGGAAACCGUGCUUCACGAUUCGAAUCAGAAUUUCGUGCGUCACGCCGACAAGCUCCCCCGCCAUCGAUUGAUAUCCCAGCAAAUCUUGGGGAUGCUCCCUUGACCGCACGUUCAGAUGCCAUGGACACGACUCCAACCGGACCUCAAUUCGCUCUUACUUCCCCUCCUGAAAGAACUACGUUCGCCGCUCACCGACAUCACCACCACCACCACCAUCAUCACAGAGGGCAAGAUGCCCGACAACAUUUCUUACCUCCAUCCCGCCAUAAUAUUCAGCCUCUCGCAACAGCAGUCCCGUCAAUGGAUACCACCGAUGGGUUUAAUCUCAGACCCGUCCGUGAUGUGGAUCGUCUGCCGUCAAUGGUCCCUGGAUUUCAUGGUGGCCUCACGUCUCAGCCCGAAUCUCCAACCACACCACUCCCUCCAAAUCAGUUAAGGUCGCCAAGCGUCCGCCCGACGUCAAUGUCAGCGCACACAGCUCGCUCUCGGAGAAGGCCAUCGAUUCGCCACCAAGCAUCCAUGGUUGGGGAGGCAGAAGACCCCAAUGCUGAUAGCAUGGCCUCCGAUGAGUCUGGAGAGGCCGAGAUCUCAGCCGAGCGGGCAACUGAUAUGCAGUCGCCCGUUAAUAUUCAAGACAUUAGCAUGGACGAAGGAGAUAGCAUGCUCACAGCCGUUGAGACACCGCUUGGGUUAACGACCCCUACCGUUUCCGAAGCUCCAGAUGCCGGGACAUUUAAUAUCACCCACCGCUCGGCGAUGGAUGGCUCCACCACCCCAACGGGCCCAACGAUGGGUCUCUCCCCUGCCCAACCUACAACUGCAACAACACCUCCUGCGAUGCCUAAUGCUACGAUUCCCCGAUAUCUCCUUGACCGCCCCACCCCAACUAAUGGUCAAGUCCUAGCUGCAAUGCCCAGAGACGAAGACGUCCUUAUGUCACUCCAACUACUCGCAUAUGUUUCCAAAUACUGCAACUUGCGUUCUUACUUCCAGCGGUCACAUCUCGUUCCGAAACUGAAGAUCGGUUCUGAAUUGAACUUCCUCGACGGCAGCGAAAGCCAAGCCUUCUCCUCAUCGUCCUCGUCACCGACAUCCUCCCACUCCGCCUGCGACUCCGAAGAGGAGGAAUACCUCCUUCCAGACGACUUUAACAUCUUCCCUCUCGUGGAGAAAUUCACUGUGAGGCAUCAUAGCCAGGAUAUGCAAUACUGGGCUGGAGUUGUGAUGCGGAAUCUAUGCCGCAAGGAUGAUAGUCGGGGCGGGAUCAGACAAUGUGCCUAUUAUCAAUGUGGCAAGUGGGAGGAAUACACACGCCAAUUCGCUAAGUGCCGGCGGUGCAGAAGAACGAAGUACUGUAGCAAAGAGUGCCAGAAGAGCGCGUGGGUAUUCCACAGGCAUUGGUGUGUGGCUGCUACACAGUAA